AUGCUGUCCCUUCAGAUAUGUGACAUCAUGCUGGAGGUGGAGAAGGAGAAAGAGACGUGCAUGGCCCAGUUAGAAAACAUGACAACAGGUUGCAGUGGGACGUGGGACAAGGGGGCCUGCUGGCCCAGUGCCAAUACAGGACAGGUGGUCACCAUCCCCUGCCCUGUCUACUUCUUAUACUUGACCAAUGACUUCAUCAUGGGUAACCUGUCGAAGACCUGCACCAGUGAUGGCUGGUCUGAGGUUAGCCCUGCUUCCUAUGCACUGAAUUGUGGGUACAACGCCAACGUCACCAAAGUUGAUGAUGAUGACACGGAGUUCUACUGGGCAGUGAAAGUAGGCUACACUAUCGGACACAGUCUCUCUCUCAUCUCCCUCACUAUCGCUAUCGUCCUACUCUGCACUUUUAGGAAGUUGCACUGCACCAGAAACUACAUCCACAUGAACCUGUUUGUGGCGUUCAUACUGAAAGCCAUUGCCGUCUUCAUCAAAGAUGUGGUUUUAUACGAGGUCGGGGAGUCCGACUGUCAACCUGAAACUGUGGGAUGUAAGGCAGGGGUUGUCUUCUUCCAGUAUGGCAUCAUGACCAGCUACUUCUGGCUAUUGGUCGAAGGCCUCUACAUCCACACCCUAUUGGCUGUCUCCUUCUUCUCCGAGAGAAAGUACUUCUGGUGGUACAUUCUGAUUGGCUGGGGGGCCCCAACUGUUUUUAUCACAGCUUGGGUUAUUACAAAGGCUUAUUUAAAACACUCUGGGUGUUGGGACAUUAUUAACGACCAUCCCUGGUGGAUCAUCAAAAUGCCAAUAUUACUGACCAUACUGGUCAACUUCAUCCUGUUCAUCUGUAUAAUCCGGAUACUGCGUCAGAAAAUGAAUUGCAGAGACAUAGGAAGGAAAGAAUCUCAUCAAUACUCGAGGUUGGCUAAGUCCACGCUACUGUUGAUACCUCUGUUCGGAAUCAACUACAUCGUCUUUGCCUUCAUCCCUGAAGACAUCAACACUCGAAUCAGGAUGGUCAUUGACCUGAUUCUAGGAUCCUUCCAGGGGUUUGGGGUUGCAGUCCUGUAUUGUUUCCUAAAUGGAGAGGUACAGGGGGAGGUGAAGCGUAAGUGGCGGCGGUGGCACAUGCAAAGGUUUCUGGGUAAAGGAGACACCAAAUACCAGCAGCCCCAGGAUCUGGGUAGCAACGGUAACAACUUCAGCACCCAGAUCACCAUGCUGACCAGGUGUAGCCCCAUCACACGUCGAGCUUCCGACUGCCAGGAACACUUCUCUGCUAUCUGAGCCCAGCUCUGGGUGGUAACAGAGGGCAGAGAAGAGGAGGCAACAGAGACGAGCUGCACUGAAGCACUGUUUAGUAUUCAGUCAGCACAGCAGAGACCACCAGCCAACCACACACAACAACAGCAAUGAUAGGCUUAGAUCAGGAAUGCCCUCGGUCCCCUUUUGUAAGCCGCGGACCAAUUUAACACAAUUUAUUUUGCUUGUUUUUUUGUUUAAUUUAGGAAAUCAGUUCCCAAGUAUUCCUACAAAAAAAAUAUUAAAAAAAAUAGACAUCAUCGUGUCUCAAUAUAAUCAAGGUAUGAAAUGAUUGUAAUUUUCAAAAUCUCUUUUUUGGGCUUAGUUGUGGUUGCAGUGUACACAUUUUUAUAUGGGGCAGCAGGUAGCCUAGCGGUUAGAGAGAAGCGAGCCAGUAACCGGACGUUUGCCAGUUCGAAUCCCGGGUCCGACGGGAAAAAUCUGGCAAGAAGUGAGCUGGCAACCGGAGGGUUGCUGGUAUCAAGACACUUAAACCUCCACGACAACAGCUCCCCGGGCACUCAGUGUGGCAGCCCCGACACCUCCAACACCUGUAUACUGUAUGCAUGUAUGUACGUAUGUAUGUGUGUCUUUCGGAGGGGUUGGGUUAAAAGCGGAAGUUACAUUUCGGUUAGACGUUGUCUGACCAAUUGACCAAUAACGUGAUCUUAAGCUUCAUAACUAUGUUCCGGUCCUCCAAUCAGCCGCAAUGACAAAAAUCAGCCCGCGGCUAAAUCUAGUCGCCUACUCCCUGGUCUACGCUAUCUGUGUUAAGUCCAAAAACACAUUACAGUUCAAAUCACCAUUUGAUAUAUCUGUGUGUGUAAUGAGUGUUGUGUUAGUCUGUGUGGCAGGGUUGAAGUCAAUUCCAUUUCAAUUCUAGUCAAUUCAGAAAGUAAAACCAAAUUCCAACUUUUUAUCAUGGAAAACCAUUCAAGAGAAUUGGAAUUUCAGUGUACUUCCUGAAUUAGAAAUGGAAUUGACCCCAACUCUAGGUAACAGGCUAGGAGCUAGGACUAGGACUAGGACUAGGACUAGGUAACUGGCUAGGAACUAGGUAACAGGCCAGAAGCUAGGCUUAGGUAACAGGCUAGGAGCUAGGACUAGGUAACAGGCUAGGAGUUAGGACUAGGUAACAGGCUACGACUAGGUUGCAGGCUAUGAGCUAGGUAACGGGCUAGGAACUUUGGCUAGGUAACAGGCUCGGAGCUAGGUAAAAGGCUAGGAGCUAGAUAACAAUCUAGGAGCUUGGACAAGGUAACAGGCUAGGAGUUAGGAUGAGGUAACAGGCUAGGAGUUAGGACGAGGUAACAGGCUAGGUUAGAGGAGAAGGUGUGUGAGAAAGGCCAAAGCCCAUUAAACUGGAAAUGUUCCUGUUAGGUGAAAACGUAUUGAAACUCAACCCACAGAAGUUCACAUCCAGAUACAGCAUAUUAAUAGUUUAACCAACCAGAGAGCAACACUGGUUUCAGAGGUCAACAUUUAGUGGUCAACAUUCCAGUCAUUUAGGUGACGCACAACAGGGAGUUAAAACGUAAUAUUCUUCUAGUUUUUCCAUCGUUUUCUAGUUGAUGGAUGCAUAGGAGAGCUUUGGGAGCCAUACCACCUGUAGGAAUGAGUGUCAAGAGAAACAGAGCAUUAAAUUAAAGGACUCGGUACACACAGUGCUACUUAAAACCUUAUGCUGGUAGCUAGGGGACCAGUCUUAAAGACGCACUCCAGUCUCCUUUUCUCCUCAUUUAUCACCUGAUUUACUUAAAAGGCGAUCAAUGGGUUGUCUAGGUAUGACAUGACAUCACACAAGUGGGAAUGGUCCUUUUCUCUUUUGUUCCCACAAGUAAGGGGGGGCGGGGGCAUCAGACCAACUCCUUCAAUGGCCUACUCCUUGAAGUUUGCAGUUGUGUCAAAAAAAUAAUUUUCUCUUCAAGUGUGUGUAUAUUACUGUAUUUAUACAUGGGCUAUUGUUUUUCACAGAAACAAAGUUUUACAAAAAAAAAUAGCUGGAGAGAUUCUUUAAGCUGUUUAUUAAAUCACUACCAGACUGAUUGACUGGCUGGGCUGGCCACUUCACGUUACUCAACUUUAGAGUUACACGUUGUCCACGUGGCAGCAUCUACAUUGGAAGGAUCUCAAAGUGAAAUGUUAUCCACGUGGUCUAGUCUAUAUUGGAAGCAUCUGGUCUGGUCCCUUAUCUAUCUAGUAUCCAGCUGUCCAUGAUCAACCAGAGGUUUAGCCAUUGAUGAAGACACUUUUAUGUACCAGAAUUAUGUUGGGUUUGAAAUAUAGCUGGAUAACAUUCCAAGAAAAGAAGCUUAUAGUUUUCAUAGAAUUUAUGUGCAGGAUUGAAGCGCAGAUGUUUUCAUUGUAAGGCAGAGUCUCUUAGUGCAUAGUUUGGUGUGCAGACAGUCAGGUAUUUUUAAAGUCUUGCUCUUACAUUCCCCUCAACCCCCUCCCCCAUAAAAAAAAAUAGCCAAUAGUAUUGAGUUUCAGUACAGACGCACCUGUAUGUGUUUUUCGUUCAAAACUUAAACUUAUCCACUAAAGAUCAUAAUUGGGAAGACCAGGCGGUUAGCCAUGGCGUUUAGCCAUAUGGUGAAGUAGUGAUGGGGUGUAUAAAAUGUUUAAAAGUUUCCUCCCAUAGCUCCUAACCUGUUGCCACCUCUACGAGGUAAGAUAUCUGAUUUCAAUGGUACUGAAUUGUUUCCCACUUGGUUUCUAAAACCUUUCAGAAAUCUGUGUUGUUUACCUUGUUGUAUGUCACUGUACAUGUGAAUACGUGAACGUACCUCUCACUAAAAAUGUCAUACAAUUGUUCCAGCUAUGGUGAAGCUACAUAUACAGUAGGAAUGAAGUAAUUUUUUUUAUCAUGUGUUUUAUUGUGGUUAUUUACAGUUCUCAGGUGUUGACUGGAUUUCAAUGCAUAUCAUGUAUUAUGUAAUUGUUUUUAAGUUAGUAUUUGUGUUACGUGUUCAGUUGUAUUAUUUUAAACACACUAUAUUGAUAUUCUCAGUCAUUUGAUAGGAUAUCUACAAUGAAUAACUAUAUUUGACAUUCUAUGGAAUGCUUUGGAACAUUCCGAACAACACAUGAAAGUGUGGUGUAAGCAAGUGUUUUGUAAAUAUUGUGCAAUUCUGCUUUUGG